AUGUUAAAAUUAAUUAGUAAGAAUACAAAAUCUAUACCAUUCAAUAUCACAUUAAUAACCAAAUGGUUAACAGCUUUUCCAACACGGGUAACAAUAGCGCCUAUAAUAACAUCAAGAAAUAUAACCACCCUUAAGAAACACUCAACGAUACCUUCGACUCAAACUCUAUUAAGAAAUAUCCGAAAUUCCAAUUCAGAUUCAUCAAAUGUAUCAUACUAUUCCACAACAAAUUCUACUAUACUGUCAAGAGGAGGGAGAGAGAAUGAUAGAAAUAUAAGUAAUUCAUUAGAAGUGAUAAUAAUAGAGUUUAGGAAAGCAAUUAAAGAAGGAGAUGUUGAUAAACUUAUAUCGAAUUAUCAUGCGUUAAAAGAACGAGAAAGAGAACAAGGAGAACAUCGAUAUCAGCAACACUUACAGCAAAAUUAUUUGACAAAAUCACAUUAUCAAGCGGCAAUCAAUAUUUUAUUUCGCUUCACAAAUACUUUUUCACGAGAAGUGACUUUAUCACUUAAACCUCCAUCAAAGUCAUCAACAAUAGUUUCAAUGAUGGAUUCAUUAUUCAACGAUAUGAAAGAAUUGGGGUAUAAACCAGAUACAUCAAUCUAUAAUAUAUUGAUAAAUAUAAGCGCACGUAAUGGAAAUACAAAAGAAUCAAUAAGGAUUUAUGACAUGAUGUUAAAAGAUAAAGUAAAGUGUACACAAUAUACAUUUAAUUCAUUAAUCUCAUCAUAUCAACGAUCAUUGGAUAUUAAAGGUGCAUUAAAAAUAUUAGAAGAAAUGAAAUUGUAUGGAAUCCAACCGAAUACCAUAACAUUUAAUUCUUUAAUUGAUUUAUACGUUAAAUUAGGGGAUAUUACACAAGCCGAGCAUCUCUAUCAAGAAAUGAAGUUUACAGAUGGAAUGUUAAUCGAUAGAUUUACUUUUGAUUGUUUAUUAAAUGGAUAUUUAACUUAUGGAUUUAUUGAUAAAGCAAAAGAUUUAUUUAAAGAUAUUACGAACAGUGGGAUAGAAUUAGAUAUUUGCCUUUACACGAAAUUAUUAAAGAUUUAUUGUUAUGAAGAUGGAAAUUCUCAAAAGGUGUUAAGCUUAUAUGAUACAACUGAACUUCUUCAACAACAACCAAAACAAAAAGAAAGUAAUAUCGAAUUUAAUCAUUUUAUAAAUAUUUUACUUAAUUAUUUAGUCAAGGAGAAAGAGUAUUCUCAUACGUUAAGAAUAUGUGAGGAAUUAAUGAAUUAUGAUGAUACGGUUACCUUAGCCAUUAUUAUCCCAACUUAUUAUCAUACUGGAAACAUUGUUUCUGCUUAUAAAUUAUUUAAAGAAAAGUUCAUUACUAGUGCAAAAUAUCAAAAAUUAUUUUCUUCAUUAUUUUCAAAUUUAGGUAAAGACCAUUCAAAACAUUUUUUAAAUAAUUUCAUUUCUUACUCAAAAGAAUCAUCAUCUCCUUCAAGUGAACCACUUCCAAUAAGUGAACUGUACAAUUCAUUGAUAGCUCAUUUCUUAAAUCAAGAUGAUAUAACCUAUGCGUUAGAAUUAUAUUCACAUCUUUUGCAACAAGAUCAGCGUGGCUAUACAAUUUUAAUAGAUUCUUUUUCAAAAAUCAAUUAUAUGUCAGAAGCUCAACGAAUAUUUGUUGAUAUGAAAAGAAAUGGUAUAGAACCAAAUUCUUAUACAUAUUCUUCAUUAAUUAAAGGAUUAGGAGAAAUUUAUGAUAUACGAGGGGUAGAAACGAUUCAUAAAUUAAUUCGAAUGGAUUUAAAUCUUGACCAAGUAGAUAUUAUAAUUUAUAAUUCUUUAAUGGAUGCUUAUAAUAGGUGCGGUUAUGGUUAUAAUGUUUUACAAUUAUGGGAUUCUUUGUUAAUACCUUCAAAAGAUAGCGAUUUAUCAUUAAUCAAUAAUACUACAGUAUCGAUCGUAUUGGAUUCAUGUGGGUUUAAUAGACAAUUAAUUAGAUUAAAUCAAAUUUGGUAUUAUCUAAAAGAGAAGAAGUUUAAUUUAAAUCAAAAUAAUUAUACUUCUUAUAUUGAAGCUUUAGCUAGAAAUCAGAAAUUUAAUGAAGCAAAACAUGUUUUGAUGUUUGAAAUGAUUAAUGAUGGUAUUGUACCUAAUUUUAAACCUAUUAGAACUUUAUUAAAUUUCUUGCAUGAUCAUUCUAGGGGUAGAGAUCAAUUUGAAAUCAUUAAUUGGGUUAAAAUUAAUUUUCCUGAUUUAGCUAAAGAAUUAAAACUUAGUUAA